GUGUUUUCCCGUGUGCGCCCCCGGUGAUUUUCCCUUUCCUUUCCGGUCCUCCAAGAAAGAAAAGAAAAGAAGGCCAGGGAGGAUAGGUUUCCCUUCCCCCUUCCUCCAAGAAAAAAAGCCGAAAGCCAAAUCUCCUGCAACUUCUUCCUCCUCUCCCCCUCUCCGUCGGUCUCAGGCAGCCGCGCCUCCGCCCUUCCGCCGACGAUCCUCGGAGCUCAACCAAGCAUUGACAUGGAUUCCGGUAAUACGCAGACAGACGGUUCUCAGCCAGCUGCUCCUAAGAACCCUGCCAUGACGUCGUGCCGGAAGAAGAAAACUGAUGAUGAUGUUACCUUCCUUGAAGACGUGAAAGAACACAUCGACGAGUUCAUCCACGCGUCCAUGGAUGAGCACAAGACCUGCUUCAAGAAGACCAUUCAGAAGAUGUUUGGGAUGUCGAAGGUUGUCGCGGAGCGGUCCGCUGCAGCAAAGGAAGCUGAAGUCGAAAGCGCUUUGCCCCUUCAGACCAGUGUGUCCCAGUAGAAGAAUGCGCUGGUGGCGGGCCCUUGUUGCUUUCUGGUGGCCUUGUUCUUGUAUCAGGUGUUUUUUCAUUUGUUUCAACUGGUGACUAUAAUUUCGUGUAAGAAACCUCGAGACUGGAUCACUGGCAGGCCUUGCUAUACAAGGCCCACGGUAUAGAGUUCCAGAGUAUAGCCCAAUAAGAGCAACGGAAACGCAACAAGUAUUGGCAUUUCCUA